AUGUCGCGAUUCGAGACUUAUCCGAUUACAUAUCGUGCAAGACGCAUUGAGAGCAGGUUUUUGGUCAUGGCUGGGUCGGUGUCUCCUCUGUUUCAACCUAUAAAAGUCGGUAGAGCCACUCUGCAACACAGAGUGGCCAUGGCUCCAUUGACAAGACGGCGGUCGCCGAACCACGUUCCUACUGACCUCGUAGCAGAGUAUUACGAACAGCGGGCGUCGAGACCAGGUACUCUUAUUAUUACAGAGGCAGCAUUUAUUGCAAAGAAAGCAGGUGGUCUCAGUGGUGCUCCUGGGAUAUGGUCUCAAGAACAGAUUACUGCAUGGAAGAAAGUGUUUGAUAGAAUUCGUGCCAAACAGUCGUUUGCGUUUGUCCAGCUGUGGGCUCUUGGUAACAGAGCAUACAUCCCCGAUCUCGAGGAAGAUGGGAUUAAAAACUAUUACGUUUCAGCGUCAGACGUCAAAGCAAGAGACGACACCCCUAAUCCACGACCACUCACCAAAUCCGAAAUCAAGGAGUAUAUCGAGCUGUAUGCUCAGGCGGCCAAGAACGCCAUUGCAGCAGGAGCUUCAGGUGUCGAACUCCAUUCAGCCAACGGGUAA